UACCGCCGCAAAGGACACAAUGCCCGUUCACAGUGCGGAGGAGCUUUCGGUGCGGCUGAGCUGAACGCGGAUGCGGGAGCCUCGCCGGAGGACGCCGAUGAAAGUGUGUCCGACAUGAUGGCAGCGAGUCCCCGCCGGACCGUGGCCCCGACGGAGCUGCUGCUCGGGCUGCUGUGGUUCCGCUCCGCGCUGCUCGGCGCAGCAGGCUGCAGUGAGCGAGUGGAGGUCCACACAGAGCGGAGGGGUGUGCUCUACAGCCCCUCGUGGCCUUUAAACUACCCCCCCGGAGUGAACUGCAGCUGGCACAUCCAGGGAGGUCAGGGAGAGGUCAUUACCAUCAGUUUCCGUAACUUUGACAUGGCGGAGUCGGGGAGUUGUUUGGGAGACUGGCUCCUGCUGACACCCACGAGGAACGGGGAGUCCAGGCUGUGUGGCUCCAUGCUGCCUCCGCCCUUCAUCUCCACCAGGGGGCGCGUUUGGCUCUAUUUCCACUCUCGGGCCAACAGCUCCGGGCAGGCCCAGGGCUUUCGUCUCUCCUACAUCAGAGGUCACUUGGGUCAGAGCAGCUGUCAGUCCGAUGAAUUCCUGUGUGGGAACGGGAAGUGUCUUCCUCGCUCCUGGAAGUGCAACGGUCAGGACGAGUGCGGCGAUGCCACGGACGAACGCAGCUGCUCCCCCCCUCCCACCGAGGCCCGUCCCGGCCUCUGCCCCCUCGGCUCCCUCGCGUGCACCGAGGCCCAGUCCACCCGCUGCCUGCCUGCCGCCCUGCGCUGCAACGGAGCCCGGGACUGUGCCGACGGCGCAGACGAGCUGGGCUGCCCCGACACCGCCUGCGGCAAGCGCCUGGGCAACUUCUACGGCUCUUUUGCGUCCCCGGAUUUCUUCCGGGCCAACAGGAGCGCCGUAGUGGAGCUGAGGUGCUCGUGGUCGCUGGACACCCAGGACCCCAAGCCCAUCGUGCUGCAGCUGGACCUGCAGCUGGGGCCCAGGGACUCGCUGCACGUCUACGACGGCCUGCUGCAGCGGGCAGAGCACCUCUUACAGGUGCUGUCGUAUCAUAACAACAGGCGGCCGGCGCUGCUCGAGUCCAGUCGGGGUCAGAUGAGUGUUUUGUACAUGGCCCAGCCUCACAGCCCGGGGCAUGGCUUCAACGCCACAUACCAGGUCAAAGGUUACUGUUUUCCCGGCGAGCGUCCCUGUGGCAGCGAUCAGGGCUGCUACACCGAGCGCCAGCGCUGCGACGGCUACUGGCACUGCCCAUCCGGCCGCGACGAGGAGGCCUGCCCGGCGUGCCCCGGCGGGGAGUUCCCCUGCGAGGGGGGCGCCGGCGUCUGCUACCCAGCCUCCGAGCGCUGCAACAACCAGAAGAGGUGCCCGGAUGGCUCGGACGAGAAGAACUGCUACGACUGCCAACCUGGAAACUUCCACUGCGGGACGAACCUGUGCAUCUUUGAGACGUGGCGCUGUGACGGCCAGGAGGACUGCUUGGACGGGAGCGACGAGAGGGACUGCUUGGCAGCGGUGCCCAGGAAAGUGAUCACGGCCGCACUGAUCGGCAGUCUGGUCUGCAGUCUCCUGCUGGUCAUUGCCCUCGGCUGUGCCCUCAAACUCCACUCCCUCAGGAACAGAGAAUACAGAGCGUUUGAGACUCAGAUGACUCGCAUGGAGGCAGAGUUUGUCCAGAGGGAGGCCCCCCCUUCGUAUGGUCAGUUAAUCGCCCAGGGUCUCAUCCCUCCGGUGGAGGAUUUCCCGGUGUACAACCCCACUCAGGCCUCCGUGUUACAGAACCUGCGGCUGGCGAUGCGCAGGCAGAUCAGACGUCACUCAACGCGGCGCUCCGCCUCCUCGUCCUCUCGCCGCCGCCUCGGGCAUCUGUGGAGUCGCCUCUUCCCCGGUCCAGGGCGAACCAGAGGCCACGCCCCCCUGCUCGACUCCCCCGGACCCGCGCAGAUCGCACUGGGGCUCCACAGCUACCGAACUGUGGGUGUGCAGGGGCCCCAGGCAAGGGCUAGGUCCGGAGCUUGGCUCGAGAAUGAGGUUGAUGCGGUGGGCUCCUGCUGCUCAGCAACCAUGGACCUGCAGUCCUGCACGCCAGAGAGCCCCGCAUCACCGCUCUCCUCGCUGUCAGUAGACAGCCCAGAGGAGGGGGCGCUGUCGCCUUUCAGCAGGGAACACAGCGGGGCGACACAGUCUGAGCCCCUCACCCCUUUUCAGAGUGACUGUUUAGAAUGUAGCGGACCCCCUCCCGCUCCCCAGGAAGCCUCUGAACCCCCAUGCCCUACAAAGGCAUCUCGGAAACUGGUCCUGGAGCUCGCUGUGAACCUAAAAGGUGUUUCCUUGAGACGCUACUCCCCCUUGGGGCCGUUGUCCCCCAUCUCACCCCCUGUGUUUCCCAGCUGCUCCCAGACACCCACAGCCCUACUGCUCUCCCAGGGGUUAGAGGUGACUUCACCUUUUGAGCCCUCGAAAGCAGAGGACAGCAACAGCCACUUCACCGCGGAAGUGCCGAGCAGGGAAAUAAGAAGCAGGGAUGAGAGGAGGAGUGACGUCAAGAGGAGGCUCCCCAGGUUCAGCAGGACCCUCAGCGACGAGGGAGGGGUUUCAGGGAGGGAGACGACGCCGUGCUGAGGAGUUUAGGAAGAUAUUCUGUUGAGAGCCGGCGUCGGCAAUAUUUGCUCUGCUAAAGUGUCCUUGAAGUGUGUGUCCCCCACCAGGUCCGGAGGUGAGACCCGUCCCCGAGCCCACCACAUGGAGCUAGUGCAGUAGAAUAUAUAAUUAGCUCACGCCCGUUUGAGUGCGUAAAUAUCCGCAUAUGCAUUGUUUUGCUCAGAUGAUUAAAACCAGCGUCGGUAGUGCUUAUGGUCUGUGUUAUGCAGUAAAUCUCCUUGUAAAACGUCGAGUCCAAACAAUUAAAUGCAAACAGGCCGUAAGCCUGUCCCAGAAAAUCAAACUCAAUUCUGGCCCCUAGUACCAAUACAAUAUUGGCAACGUGUUCUUAAAACGCCAAAGCAGCCUUUAUGUGGUGACCCGGAGCCAUUAUGCACCGCUAUAUACUGUGAACCAUAAAAGCCUGCUAAGUGAUCACAUAUGAAUUUACCCAAUUUAAAACGUCCUCUAGUCUCUUGUUGUUGUUGUUAUUAUUAUUAUGAUUAUUAUUAUUACUAAUAAAUGACAAUUCUAGAAGGUCACGAUUGGCUGUCGCAUUAAUUAGCUGGUGAUGUUUUAUAUUUAUGUUGUUGUCAACAAACCAUACGAUCGGGCCCAACCCACUACGAGUCCAUCCCCCUCGCAGUGCUUUCCGCCUCCAGCAGCCCAAUUGUCUGCUUUCCGGUUUAAAAGGCUAAAUAAUUUCUCAAAAGGACUUAAUAGGACAUUCGUUGGAGACUAUUUUCAGCCAUGGAUUAACACACGUUUGGUGCACUGUAGCAGGAUGGAUGGUGUGUGUGUGUGUGACUGAGUCUAAAUCAACCCCAGCGUGUGUGUUCAUGGUAAUGAGGUAACCUGUCACCCAGUAAAACGAUGUGUCUUUUUAUCUGUUUUUGUACAAUGGAUUUCUGUGACACAGAGGAAGAAGACAUAUCAGGUUACACAGAGACAAUAUUUAGGAUGAAUUCUGGGGGGCAUUUUUGCCUUUUUGUUUGACGGAGGACAG